GGAAAAUAUAGGACACUGAGUCACUGACAGUGACACCAUUUUUUCAACUUUCCCUUUGUAGUUCAAAAGUGUUAAAGAAGCAUUAAUGGAGAGAAAUGAUCACUCCGCCGAUCGCCGACACUAAUUCCAACCGUCCCAUAAACUAAAAAGAAAAAAAAAAAAAGCAUGUUUAUGGAUUUAUAAAAGCCGUGGAAAUUUGUAAACCAUGAUCUUGACAUGAAUGCAAUCGUCCCACAAAAGGACACAUUUUAUUACAUCCUUCCAACCCAGUUGUCCAAAUAUUGUGUCUGUCUUUCUUUAUGUGUGCCAGCCAGUUAAUAAUGCCCACACUGUUUUAGCUUUUGUCAGUUAAUCUUCACAUCUCACUUUAGCAUUCAUUUCCCUCCAAUUUGUUCUAUCUGCCCCAAAAGGAAAUUAAAAAAGAAAAAAAAAAGCAAGAUAAAUGAGAGCUAUCUCAGCUGCAAAGUGUUUUUCGCUAUGCACACUCUUAAUAAUAAUUUUAUUUUUCCAGAUCUCCUAUUCCAAUGUCACCUAUGACAAAAAGGCUCUCAUCAUCAAUGGAAAGAAAAAAAUAUUAUUUUCAGGCUCAAUCCAUUAUCCUAGAAGUACCCCUGAUAUGUGGGCGGAUCUUAUUCAAAAGGCUAAAGAUGGAGGAUUAGAUUGUAUAGAUAGUUAUGUAUUUUGGGGCGGUCAUGAAACCUCACCAGGAAAAUACUAUUUUGAGGAAAGAUAUGAUUUAGUGCGGUUCGUAAAGUUGGUCCAGCAAGCAGGGAUGUUCAUGAUUCUCCGCAUUGGGCCUUAUGUAUGUGCAGAAUGGAAUUUUGGAGGGUUCCCUGUUUGGUUGAAGUAUGUACCAGGCAUUGCCUUCAGAACCGACAAUGAACCUUUCAAGAUGGCAAUGCAAAAAUUUACCACAAAAAUCGUCCAAAUGUUGAAGGAUGAAAAGCUGUUCCAAUCUCAAGGUGGCCCAAUUAUCUUCUCCCAGGCAUGUGUUGGAAUUGUUUCAUGUGAAAUUAUUGAAAAUGAGUAUGGUUUACAAAGCAAGGGUUAUGGUAGAGCUGGACAUGCUUACAUGAACUGGGCUGCUAAAAUGGCUGUCGGCUUAAAUACAGGCGUGCCAUGGGUUAUGUGUAAGGAGGAUGAUGCCCCAGAACCAGUGAUUAACUCAUGCAAUGGUUUUUACUGUGAUUAUUUCUCACCAAAUAAACCUUACAAGCCCACCAUAUGGACCGAGGCUUGGACUGGCUGGUUUGAGGUUUUUGGUGGGCCAAUUCAUCAUCGACCAGUUGAAGACUUGGCAUUUGCUGUUGCUAGGUUCAUCCAGAAAGGAGGUUCCUUUGUGAAUUACUACAUGUAUCAUGGAGGAACAAACUUUGGAAGAACAGCUGGAGGACCUUUUAUUACGACCAGCUACGACUAUGAUGCUCCUAUUGAUGAAUAUGGUUUGAUGACAUCAGCUAAUUUCGAAUUCACUUGUUUUAGACAGCGGUUACUCAGACAACACAAAUAUAUGCAUCUAAAGGAGCUUCAUAUAGCAAUCAAGUCAUGCGGGAAUGCCUUAACAGAUGCUGAUCCAAAAAUUACUUCUCUAGGAAACUAUGAACAGGCAUACGUGUUUAGCACAAACUCAGGCCAAUGUGCAGCAUUUUUGUCUAAUUUUCACUGGGAUCAAAGUGCAACAGUUAAAUUCAAUAACAGGAACUAUCAUCUUCCUCCAUGGUCGAUUAGCAUACUCCCAGAUUGCAAAAACGUUGCUUUUAAUACUGCCACACUUAAAUCAAAAACAUCUCAGGCACAAAUGCUGCCCACAGAGACACAAAACUUAUCUUGGGAAUCAUUGAAUGAGGAUAUAUCAUCCUAUGAUUCGGAUCCAACAUUCACGGUCAAUGGUCUUUUGGAGCAAUUGAACAUCACUAGAGAUACUACUGAUUACCUUUGGUACAUGACCAGUUUUGAAAUAAGUCCAAACGAAUCUUGUCUGCAUGGUGGUAAAUGGCCAGUUCUAUCUGUAGCCUCAGAAGGCGACAUGUUGCAUGUAUUUAUAAAUGGGCAACCAUCAGGAUCAGCUUUUGGGAGUAUAGACAACAGGAAAUUCAGUUUCACAAAAUCUGUCAACUUGCGCGCUGGAAAGAAUAGCAUUGCACUACUCAGUGUAGCUAAUACUGGGCAUCGUUUUGAAACAUAUCGACAUGGAGUAGAUGGGUCUGUAAUCUUGCGAGGACUAGACAAUGGACAAAUGGACUUAUCCAGGCAAAAAUGGUCUUACAAGGUUGGGCUUAAAGGAGAAACAAUGAACUUAGCAUCCCCAACUGAUGUUUCUUCUUCUAUCGAUUGGUUAAAAGGAUCUUUAGCGGCACAAAACCGAGGGGCACUUACUUGGUACAAGACUAAUUUCAGCACACCAGCAGGAGAUAUGCCAUUGGCGUUGGAUCUUGGUAGCAUGGGAAAAGGUGAAGUGUGGGUGAAUGGUGAAAGCAUCGGUAGAUAUUGGACGAAUUAUGCAAAAGGUGAAUGCAACAAUUGCAGUUAUGGAGGGACAUUUAGGCAGCCCAAGUGCCAAGAUGGAUGUGGACAACCAACUCAAAGAUGGUAUCAUGUUCCUCGGUACUGGCUGAAGUCUGAUGACUCUGCCCAAAAUGUCUUGGUAGUUUUCGAGGAACUUGGUGGAGAUGCUUCAAAGAUUUCUCUUGUUCAAAGAUCAGUUACAUACCUAUAAAGAUGAAAAGUAAAGGGCCUCUCACUUGGCAUUAUUUAUGUAUGUAUUAUUAUACAAAGUAAUUACAAAUAAUUGGUGAGAUUGUGUGUGUGAGCUUUGGUUUGUAAUCAUCGAUUAAGAUUUGUUGUGUCAAAAGCAUGUUACAUUCUUUGGAUCUAAUGGAAACAUGAAAGCAUAGUUUGUCAUAAAGGAGAAUAAUUAUUAUUAUCGAAACAAUGGAGGAGGAUUUAAUAACUGUUUCUAUCUGAUUUUAUUCCUUGUAUGGUGAAUGAUCCUAG